GAAGAAACUGAGAAGUAUUCCCAAGUGCAGAAAAGAAAAAGGGUAGAUCUACAAGAGCCAUCAGAGUUUGUAUCGGUGCGGGGACGGGAACCAGCCGAGGCGCUUGCUGUGCGGCCUAAAAAAACAAGAAAAAGUGUAAGAAUGCAGCAUCAAGCAGAGCUUUUUGAUCCGGGAGAGCCAGAUGCAUCUUUAGAUCCUGCAGAACUUCAGAAACUUCUUGAAUAUGAAAAUGAAGAAGAGAAUAUCGAUCCUGGAGAACCAAAUUUUCCUGAUCCUAGAGAACUUUUGAAGGAUCUGAACUUUGGGGAAAUGAAAGCCGAUGAUCUGGAAGCAGAACCUGUUAGAGAUUCAGAAAUGGAGUCUGUUAGAGAGUUGGAAACUGAAGCUGCCGGGGAUCUGGAUACUGAAGCUGACGAGGAUCUGGAAACUGAAUCUGAUGGGGAUAUGUUAAGUCAGGUAUGUGAACCUCUUAUCCCUCCUGCGGCACAACGGCCAAAUCAAGAUGAAGUAAUUGAUAUAGAGUUAGACGAUGCUGAAGAAGAUGCACCGUGUGCAGGAGUUCCAAACGACGGAGGAGAUCGUCCGUUUAAUCGUAACGGAAGAUGUCGAGAUGGAGAAAUAGAUAUGGAAGAGGUAGAAAGAAAAAAAGAUGAAAAUUAUCCAAAAGAAAUGCAAGAAUUUAUCAUGUGGCUUUUCGGUGGGAUCCUGCUUUUCAUCAUCACGGGCAAUGUAUUGAAUGUUCUUUCUUACGUAUAUGACUGGAGAGGUCUUCGAACACACACUACCAUUAUUCCAGUGAUCUUCAAUGUGACUACUCCGAUGACUACUACCAUUUUCAAUGCAACUAGUUCAGAUUUUGAUGCGACUACCUCAAUGAAUGACUUGACAUUGAACAUGACUGAUAUGGACAUUUAGGUCUAUCAAUACGGUAACAUGAAGGUUUUAAUCAAUAAGAAGAUGCAACAAGGUUUUUACAAGGUGAUGAAGAUUUUAACAUGACAAUAUAGCUUUAAAUUUGACUGCAAAUACUCGAAAAGUUAACUCGAUAUUAAUUAUUAUAAAUUUCGUCUAUAUACUUGUGUUCCACCCUAAUUCUUACAUUAUCAAUAUUCACUUUCGAAUGUUCUUGAAGAUAUAAGCUUUUUAGUUCAUUAUUUGUCAUCCUUCAUUUCCUCCCCUCCUCCUGACCUGUUCUGAACAUCAAGAUAACCACUCCGCAGUGUAGCUAAAAAUAUAUGGUGAAAUAUUAGAUUUAAACGCGAUUCUUGACGAUGUAUAUUUUCCUAAGAAUCAAGAUUCUGAAUGUUAUAAAGAUUGUUGAAAAAUGUUUCUAAAAGCUAUUUACACUUUUUCUUAAUUUAAUUUCUGUGUUGUAUUUUAAUUUAUUGAACCA